CUUUGUUUCAUUUUUGCCACUGAUCACAUGAUUUGGUUUUGUUUAUUUUGACGUUUUUAGAAUGCACAAAUAGCUGUUAUGAUGAACCCAUGUGUGUGGUUGCUCCUGAUCUGUUGCGGCUUCGCAAGGUCAGCUGAGAGACCUAACAUCAUCGUCAUUGUAGCAGAUGAUCUGGGUUGGAAUGAUGUGAGCUUCCAUGGCUCGAACCAAAUCCCGACCCCGAACAUUGACAAACUGGCAUAUGAGGGGAUCAUUCUGAACAACUACUAUGUGUCCCCCAUCUGUACCCCUACUAGAGGGGCCCUCAUGUCUGGCAGGCACCCCAUACAUACUGGUCUUCAACAUAGUGUGAUCUUUGCCUCGCAGCGUUAUGGCCUCCCCCUGGAAGAGAAGAUCAUGCCUCAGUGGUUCCAGGAGCUUGGAUAUCGCACUCACAUGGUUGGCAAGUGGCACCUGGGUUUUUAUGCUGAAGAAUUCACACCCUUAUAUCGGGGUUUUGAGAGCCACUUUGGCUAUCUGUUAGGUCAUGGAGACUACUUUGACCAUAUGGCUGAAUGCACUCCAGCAUAUUGGGGUUUAGAUUGGCGUCGGAACUUGGACCUACUUCGUAAUGAGACCAAUCUGUAUUCCACUGAUCUCUUCACUGCCGAGGCUGUCAACAUUAUCCGCAACCACAACACUUCUGAGCCGUUAUAUCUAUACCUCCCGCACCAAGCUGUACACAGUGGAAAUACGGGUGGCGACCCACUUCAGGCUCCCCAGCACUAUGUAGACCGAUUUCCGCACAUCAACAACUACCACAGGAGACUGUUCGCAGGUAUGGUCGCUGCCCUGGACGACUCGGUGGGUGCGGUGGUGAAGACACUGAAAGAUCAAGGGAUGUACGACAACACCGUUAUCAUGUUUACCACUGAUAAUGGGGGGCCGGCUAAUGGGUUUGAUGCCAAUGCAGCCAACAAUUUCCCUCUCAGAGGUAUGAAAGUCACACAGUGGGAAGGCGGAGUUCGGGGGACUGGUUUCAUCUCAUCUCCACUACUAAACCAGUCUGGUUACGUGUCCAACCACAUGUUACACGUUUGUGACUGGUUACCAACAUUGUACACGGCUGCGGGUGGGGACGCCUCAGUUAUGAAGAAUCUUGAUGGGCAGAGUGAGUGGGACUCUCUUACCAAUAACAAAGCUGGGAAACGUCAGGAGAUUCUCCAUAAUAUUGACCCCUCAGGUAAAGGUCAAAUGGGACUACGUGUUGGGGAUUAUAAGAUUGUGGUUGGUGAUAUUGGGAUGGCCUUGAGUGAUUGGUAUCCACCAUGGGCUAAGCCGUCAGAUAGUGAAAUGCUGCAUGCAAAUAACUCUGCUGCAUUUAAAAUGUUUGGAGGUAAAAAUGGUAUUACUGAAAAUGAAUCUCCCAUUGAAAAAAGACUUCAACAAAAUUUGAAGCACUUUGAACAUGCAGUGGCAGAAAAUAUGGGCAUGGGUGGCGAUUUUGAUUUUGAAAUACUUGAAUCUAACAUUGAUAGUAAUAUUGAAAGUGAACUAAAGUUUGAAACUUACAGGAUGGAUUUUAAAGGUCUGCAGUCUAAAAUCUUUAAGAAACCACUCAAAAACACAAUGAAAUCCUACUAUCAUAAAAAUCAUCCAGUCAAAGUUGAGUGCGGACGAAAACCAUUCAACGCCUCAACAAACUGCGAUCCACGAGUCUCUCCAUGUUUGUUCAACAUCGCUAAUGAUCCAUGUGAGUACAACAACAUUGCUGUGGACAACAAGGACAUGGUUAUCCAGCUGUUGUUGCAACUUCAGCAGUACGAGGACACGAUGGUGCCGCCACUGAAUACGCCCGUCGAUCCCGCAGGAAAUCCAAAAUAUCAUGACGGUGCCUGGGUGCCUUGGGUGAAAUUGUAGACUUUCCUUUGUUUUUUAUAAUAUAUUCUUUUAUGUGAUGUAUGAUAUAAUGAUACAUUAUAUUGAUUUAUAUAAAAGAGAUACUGAAUGAAGUCUGUGACAUUGAUAAUUUUUCUACAUGUAUACAUUUUUACAACUGCAUAUUUGGGGCUUGAUCUGUUUAUUAAUUUUACAGCUUUACUCAUUGUGUUUUUGUGCAAUACUCUUUACAGUAUGAUGAUUACUUUGUAUUGUUUUGGGGGCUUUUAAAAAUUCCCCAGAAAGGCAAAAUAUUGAAGUUUUAUAGGAGAUUUUUUUUCCUUUAAAAAUUAUAAAAAAAACGUCAGAAGGUAGACUGUCCAAUUUCAAAGUGCCUUUCUGUAGUGGGUUGUACUCUUUUACAUUAAUAGUUUGCAUAUAUUAGUGUUACAAGAGGGUUGAAUUAGGUCAGAUGUUGAAGUGAAUUAGUGGCAUAAACAGUGAUUAUGCUAUAUACAAUAUUUUAAGUAAUCUUUGCAAUGAGAAAAUUAUUAUCACACUUAUAAAUAUUCAGUUAUUGUUUUAGAGAUUACACUAGAUAAAUAUUCAUGUUCUCCCGCCAAAAUGUUGAAUACAGAUUUUGUAAAAGAAUUAAAUAUACAAUGUAUUCAAAAUUCUUUUAUCAUAUCAAAUAUUCCAUCAGUCCAUGUUCUUCACAAAGCAUCACAGCAGGUACAUUGUAUAGUACAAUUCUGAUAUUAAGUUUUUACAGCAUGUUUUAAAUAUUCUUAUUUUCUUCUCAUUUGUUAAUAAAUAAAUUAUUUGUACAUUUAAUUUGAUUACUCUUUUCUCUAUUAAAACAAAUGUGUUUCUCAUUUUGAUUUUGUUAUCAGUAUUUACUAUUUAGGCCAAUUAAUACUGAAUAAAGUGUAUUAGGACCAGAUUUAUUAUUAAUUCCAGCGAUAAAAGCUUAUGUGCAUAAUUAUUUAUGUAACUGAAAUGAACUUAACAUUUCUAGUCAUGACAGCAUUUUCCUAUAUUUUACUCGUGUAUCUUUUACAUUCCUCGUGCGAUUUUCUGUUGGUGUUGCUGCUUGUAUAUUGUUUGGUGAUGAAAAAUAUAGUGUAUACUACAGGGACCGUAUACUACAUGUAUGUAAUAAAGUUUGAUAAUAUA